CAAGAUAUUCCGAAAGUUAUUUUUUCCGCGAAAGAACUUCAACUUUCCAGGAAACGUAAACAACUGGAUCGAGCCUGUGAGUCAUUGUUAUUCACAAGGUGCAUGGAAAAGAAGAAAUGCCUUUGAAAAUUUGCAUGAAAUUGAUCAGAAAAAGGUUAUGAAGAGGAAUUUACACAGAUAUUGCCAAACAGUUACCUAUACUACAAGGACCAUAUGAAAACAACUGUUUAUGCAGUCUAACUAAUACAUGUAACAUAAGGGAAUUUAGCUAUAUUUUGAUUUUAGUAUGUCAGUGUUAAACUUUGAAUUUUAAAUACAAGUUCAUUGUAUCCCGUUGAAUUUGCAAGUGAUUUUGGUUAGAAUGGGUUGAUUAUAGGUGAAAAGUGUAAACACACACACCUGUCUAGGUUGAAUGUACAUGUAUUAUGGGAGACAAUAGUAACUUUCUCUCCAUAGAUGAACAAGCAAUAUCAAAUAGGUCAAUAGAUCUCGAAGAAGCAACCGAUAAUCUCCAGAGGCUUCAGAAACAUAUAUUUCACCCUAAGUCUUCUACAGAUUUUCCCAAAUCUUCUACAGAUUCCACUAAGUCUACAGACUGUACCAGACCUACAAAUUAUCAAACAUAUUCAACAACGUACACAAAGUCUUCCUCUGAUUAUCAAAAUUCCAUCACUGGCUCAAAGUCAUCUACCUCAUACCCGACAGAUUGCCUGGAUUCUUCAACCUCUAAUUUUAGUUCUUCAGCAGGUACUUGCAAGUUUUGUACAGAUAACUCAAGGCUUAAGGUUGGCAUGGAUUCUGGAAGAAAUAUAACUUUACCUUCUGGGAAAGGAAUAUUUUUUGACAGACAACCCUCUGUGAAUGAUGAGGAUUUGUUUGGAGAUGGUCAAAGGAAGCAAGGCGAAAAUCAAGCACAUCCAAAUCUUGGGAAUCUAACUAAGGAAUGCAUUGAAGAGAACACAGAUCAACUUGAUGCAGUUGAUACUAACAAGGUUAACAAGUUUAACUUUGAUAACAAAAAAAUUGAAGAAAAAGAUGCAGAUGGUAUUCCAAAUUUUGGAAUGCUUGGAUUAUCAUCAAGUUCUGGGUCUGACUCUCCAACAAACUCUCCAAAAUCAUUCAAGCAUAUGGAAGUGCAAAAUAAACAAGAUAUUGAAGAAGAGAGGCAUUUGGAAUUUUCAGAUGGCCAAGAUAGUGAUUUCAAAAUGAGAUAUUUGGAUGGAAGAAGUAUAUCUGCUGAUGACCGGAGAAAGAAGUUCAGAAAUAGUAGUGGUGGUGGCGAGGUUUUUGACCAUGAAAUUGAGUCAGUUGAAGAGGAGUACUGUAUUGGGAAGCAUGUGAGGAAAAGUAACAGUUUACCUGAUCUUGUUGUAAGUUCAAACCAAUCACCAUUUUCUCCUCCACGUUACCAUAGCAACCCAAGUCCAAAACCGGGUGUGGCAGAGAAUUUGGAAAAACAGUAUGAGACUAAAAAGAUAUUAGAGGGAUCAAGUUCAAUGCCAACAACCAAAGGGAGACACAAGAUAAAGAGAACUGUUAGUAUAAAAGAGGAACCAGAAUAUAUACCAACUGAUUACAAUGACAAAUCUGGAAAUGAAAGAAGCCCAAAGACACAAUCUGCAGAAACAGAACAGAGAAGACGAAGCAGUGGGUAUGUGACUGGUAGCAGUGAAGCUGGGAGCCAAGAUAAAUCUGAAAUGGGUACCAGCAGACAGACAUCCCAGUUGUCACAAAGUUCUUCUGGUGUUUGGACAUCACAAGAGAGUGAAAUGGUUGAAAACGCAGAAACUGCUGAGGAGGCAAAAUAUAGAGCACUUGUUAACAUUUCACAAUCGAAGGAUAUGCAACCCACAGAAACACAUUUCUUAUCAACACAUAGCAGUGGUAGUACUGAGAAACACAGUGUUUCGCCUGUAUCUUUUGCCUCAGGUGGUAAUGAAUCGAACAGUACAGAGAGUAGUGUGAAUACGAUUCUGGAUGCAGGAACACAUGAGGCCAUAAGAAUGAAAAUCUCCAAUUCGCCAAAUGGCAUGGAAACGCAGUUGCAAGGAGAGACAACUGUCAAUACUGGUAGUAGCUCUGGAGAAUUGCCAAAUUUAAGCAUAAUGUGCACUAGCAGCGGUCCAGGAAGUUCAUCUGGGACAUUUGCUCGUUUACGAUCAAAAGAUGAAAGUAUUGAGAAAAAUGGAGCCAGGAGUAAAGUUCCACCUGCAAGUGAAUUGAAACCACCAGAUUCAUUUGAACCGCAAAGUCAUGGAAAUUUGCCAAAUUUUUCAACACUUCAAGACAGCUUCAGUUUAAACAAGUCGUCUUUGCAAAAAGUACACGAGGAAGAUGACAAGAAUCACAGGGCAGUUAAGAAUAAGUACUGUGAAGGAGAGGAUGGUAGUUUUGGUGCAGGAUCAGUCUGGCCUAGCAGUAUAUCUCCUUCUAGUAGAGGAUCAAGCAGCAGCAAUCCGAGUCCACCAGAAUCAGUAAAGAGAUGGGAGGAAAUGAUGAUGAGAUUGGGUCUCGAUACUUUAAGUCCAAGUUUUCUAGAUAAGAUCCUUCAAGAUAUUCGAGGUCCAGACAGCCUUAGCCCUCAUUCAAACCUUGAUAAAGAAAAGAUUGAAGGAUCAGGAAGCCAGAACUUCAAGGAUGUUACUUUAGAUGACCUUGAAAGGGCAUCGAGAUGUAACUUCACAGCAUGCAGUGACACCUGCUGUUUAAAGAUGCGUGAGGUUUUAAGAGUGCUAACAUUAGAUAUACCUGACCUUGACCCUUCCUACAAGUUGGUGAAGAGUUACUACGGUUCACUAACUCAGCAUUGUGAAAAUGGCUGUGAAGAAACAAAAUGCUCCGUCGUAUUUUGUUCAGAGUUUCUUGACUGGGAAAUAGAUCAGUCUGAAGACCCAGUCAAGCACUUUGUGAGAGAAUUCCAGAAAUACUGCAGAAAUCCCACCAUGAAGCUAUUCCUUCAGACCAGUAACAAGUUCCAUAAGCUUCAGAGUUAUAUACCACCAAAAAUGGAAGUGAAAGAGUUUGAAACCCACACUCCAAUGUUUCCACUGGGGAAGUUCACAGCAGCCCAUGUUUGUAUGGAUAAUAUGUUACAAAAAUUAGUUGUUUUGAAGAUGUAUCCACUGAUGGAGUGUGAUCAACAGUUAUCACUUUAUACAAGACUUAAAGAUCUUAAUCACCCAAAUAUUGUAACACAGUUGUGGAUGUUGGCAUAUGAAGAAAAGAUACAAGUGUGCUCACUCUUUGCUCAAGGUGGAAGCCUUGAGGAAUACCUAAGUCAUGUUGGAAAAUUACCUUGGCCGAGGGUAGUUCUGUAUAUGAAGCAGAUACUGUCAGCUGUAACUCAUCUCAAUUCCCUUGGUGUUGUUUAUCUUAACUGGAAUAGUGGAAACAUGUUGUAUCCAGAUGAUAGACGUCACACAAUACAAGUGGGCAACUUCAGUUUGUCAUGUCCUGUGAACUGUCACUGUGAUAUAGGGACUGUCAAAGAUUGUCUUCCAUACAAUAUUUGUCCUCCAGAGCUUUUACAGUGGAACUACAAGGCUGACUUUAGAUCAGAUAUUUGGGGAGCUGGUUGUCUGUUUUAUGAAAUGGUAGCUGGUACCCCUUUCUUGCAUGAGCUUAGACAUGAAGACAGGGAAACAGUACAUAAACAGAUACGAGAUGGUUCCCUGCCAGACAUUUCAUCUUGGAGUAAAGAAAAGAGAAAUAUUUUAUAUUUUUGCUGGCAGGAAAAAAUGGAAGAUAGGGGAAGUCUGGAAAGUGUGCUACGUUACAUACAGUCCUUGAGAGUUAGAUGAGAAAGAACUUGUUAUGUGAUAUGAAUUGUUAUGUAUAUAAUGUGAUAUGGGUUGUUACGUAUGUAAUGUGAUAUGGAUUGGAAAUCUCUGGUUUUUAGGCAGUGGCUCGCAGUUUGGUGGAGUAAGACUAGCCUAAAAUACUUCUCUUUAGUGAGUCACAUACCACUAGACAGGCUACCAGUAAUUGCAUGUGAGUUUUGAAAAAUAAAUAUAUACAUGUAUAUAUAAAUAUAUUAGAUCAUUCGCAUAAUUGCCUUUUUAUGACCUCCAUGUAAAUAAUGCACCUGGUGUUGUGAUAUUUAAGUCUUGCAUUGAAAGAAGAAAAAAAUGUAUAGAACUGUGUAAAGCACAUAUUCAAAAAAUAAGACUGAAAAGGUUAUUUCUAUUAUAACAUGUUAUUCAGUGUAUUAUUGAAAUAUUAGAGUGAAAUAUAUCUGGUAUUUCCACAGUGAAAAAUAUCUAAUUUCACUGGUAAAAAAAUAUAAAAUAGGUAAAUUUAGUGAAGACAUAAGAUAAAAGAAUUUGUUUGUUUUACAUGUCAGAUCAAAUAUCUCUCACUCGUGAGCACUUCAUCAGUCCUGAAGCAUAUUGCAUCUUGUGUUCUCUUGUGAAGGAUAUUUCAAUCUUACGCAGAAACAAAUAAAUAUCCUCUAUAUAUGCACUGAAUAAAACAUAAAAAAAUUUGGAAAUAAUUCAUCUUGCUUUUUAUUUAGAAAAUGAAGGUUAUUGUCAGACUGUUGAUUAUGUAUUUUUACUUUUCCGAACAUUUUGUUGAAAACUUAAAAAAAUAUAACAACCAAAUUUGUAGUCAUAGCCUCUACUCUCAUCUAAAAAGUUGAUCACAUGUAUUGACAUGCUGCUGUUUGACUGAGGCCUGAUAGGGGUAGCUGAAUUCAGAGAUCUAUGUAUAGAUCUGGCAAAGUUGAUGAAUUAUUAUCCCCUGCUAAAUGUAUGCCUGAUCUCAGUCUGUUAGAAAAAACUGUUGCUGCUGAUUUGGUCACAGAAAUUAGAAAACUUAGAAUAUUAAAUAACAAGUAAUAAACUAUUUUUAAAAAUGCAAGUUGGUGAAUGAUCUGAUGCAUAUCAAUAAUUGUUUUGAAAAUAUGGUUGUCUAGUUGUAGGCCUACUUGACUGAACUACUAGCUACUGCCUUAUUUUUACAAUGGAAUAGAUAUAUUGUGUCAAAACUGCUGAGCAGUUGAAAAAGUUAGUUUUAUAUAAGAAGGUAUUUUUAGGUACAAAUUUGUUUAAACUAUAUUGUCAGCUACAUUACUAUAGCAUUGACUUUCAAAAUAACCCUAUUUGUUUUUAUAUAGCUUACAUCUGUAAAUAGUUUUAUCCUUUACUUUCCACUGUGCCAUUUUCUUAACUGUUUUUAAUAUUUUUUUAUAUAGUAAACUAAAAAAAGUACCAUAAUCUAUAUUUACUCGUUCAGUGUAAUGUUACUGUUACAGUGAUAACAUACAGCACUUGAAUCAUUUAUUCAUGAUUUGUCUACACUAUGAUUUAUCAGCACUCUCCUAUGUGAUAUGCACAGUCAUAAUAUGCACACUUUCAACACAAUUGUUAUAAACAUGAAUUAUUAAAAUACAUAUCAUUCUGUGUUCAAUUUAAUCAUACUCAUUUGAUGUAAUUUCACAUCCAUUACCUCAACACACACUUUAUAUAUAAAACAGUCAAACUUUGUUCGCUGGAACUUGGAUAAUUCGAACAACCACCCUUUGGUAGAACUUGUUGUCCGGUCCUGGUAAAUUUAUUUUGCUUGAUGUCUUUAACUGCCAAUAACUCAAACAAUUUCAAAUUUUUCCAGUCCGGUCUAGUUCAAGCAAACAAAGUUUGACUGUAACUUAAACACGCUCAUUCUGUUUCAGUUAUUAGAACAACAUACAUGCUUAUCUUAAUUAAACACAGGUAUUUGUUACUUUAACAUUACUUAAGCAAAUUUGAUCUCAAAAUUUUAUAAUUUUCAGAUACAGAUCAAGCUGCUAUAGGGCAAUAAACAUUUUGUUGCAAUAUUAAUUAUGAUCAUUUUAAUCAUGUUAGUACCUAAAUCACCUUUGACUAUCACACUAAUAUUUUACUAGUCUUUGCAUGUUAAAAUAUUUUAACAUUGCAUAACUUCAAAAAAUUUUAAGAAAUACAAAAAUGUCAGGAGUUGAUAGUUAGCAAAUAACACCCCCCCCACCCCCCAACCCCGCAACCCCGCCUUACAAGAACUAUGAAUUUGUGUUCAUGCAUCAGCGGCUAAUUGACCUUUUUUUUUUAUAGUUUGUAAUUUAAAACUAUGGAAUUAAAUCAUAACAAAUAAAAGUCACCUGUGUUUUAUUUUUUGAAAUUGGAAAUCUGUAAAUCGUGACCCCAAGAAAUAAUGCUAUUGACUGAAACCACAAAUUUUUCUUUUAACAUUAAGGUAUAAACAAGAUGUAAGAACUUUGAAGUGUUAUUUGUUUAUGUAGAUCUAUAACAUUUAUAAAUCCUUUGUAUGAUAAAUUCCUAGAAUUGUUUGUAGUUUUUCAGAUUUUGGUAUUAAAUGUUUUAUCAGAUGUAUUGUAACGGAUAAAAAUAAAAAUGUAGUUGUUGAUUGUUGAAGUUAAAUGUGUAAUAAUGAGUUACCGAUAUUUGUUACUAUAUAAUAGUUUAUUAGUUGUUGGCUAUCUAGGAUUAUAGACAGUAAUGAUAUUUAUUUAUUAGACACUUUCACUGUGUUGCGGGAAAUACUGUUUGACUAUCUUGUUGGGCAUAAAAAAGAGAAAGUAAUUUUUAAUUAUUUUGUUAAAAAAAAAAAUAUAUAAAUCUUAAUAGUCAUGUUUUUAUAGUGACUAUAUUUUAGUUUUAAGAUAAUUUGUAAGAGCAGCAAGCCGAGAGAAAGUUCAGCAGAUAUAAGAUCUUUAAAUGUCUAAAUGGUCAUUUUACAUUUUUGUAGAACUGUAAAAUAUAUAGGGGGCCUCCGUGGCUGAGUGGUUAAGGUCACUGACCCCUCACCAUAGAGGGUUUGAGCCUCUCUCAGGGCACUGAAUUCUACAUGUGAGGGAGCCAUCCAGCCAGCUUACGGAAGGUCGAUGGUUCUACCUAGGUGCCAGUUCGUGAUGAAAUAAGGCAUAGAGGAGCACCUAGGGUCUUCCUCCACCAUCAAAGCUGGAAGUUGCCAUAUGAUCUAUAAUUGUGUCUGUGUGACAUUAAACCCUGACAAAAAAUUAAAAAAGUAUGCACCAAGAGAAUUCAAGGACAGUAUUAGUCCAUCCCAAUUUAGGAAUGAAUCUUGUAUUGCCCCAUUAAAUUAUAAACCAGUCAGAUUAUAUGCAUGUUGGUAUCAUAACUCAUGGCUUGGAAUGAUUGUAUUUUGGGUCUAUUUAUUGUAAUAAUACUAAUUGUUAAUGGUGUUUAGAGAUUCUAUUUCUGUUGUAAAUCAAGCGACAUUUGUCACACAAUAUUUUGUAUAUGUUACUUCUUGUUUAAAGUUUUUGUUAUUUGUAAAUUUGAUAGUUUGUACCAGAAUUAGAUAUUUCUGUACUGGUCAGGGGCCACCAACCAGACGCUUUUAGAGGUUUUUCGCCAUUUUCUCUUUCAUUUCCUUCAUUACAACUGUGAAAUUUCACAUGAACAUAGUUAGGUGCACCCUCAAGAAGAAGACUUAAUUUGUUUACCCCUAAUGAAUAAUUAAUGCCCUUUCCAGGGCCGAAUGUAGGGUCAACUAAACUACUUACUUUCACUGCUUGGCAGUACCAUAUAUCUGGACAGUUUUUUAACAGCUGUUAUAGGAACCUCUGUACUGAUGACAUUUUGAUAUGUAAUGUGAAAAUGAGUCAAAGUAUUCAUUAUUGGCCUGAAAGAUAUAAAUUUUAUUCAGAUUUUUGUGUGUGGAAAACUGCUAUAUGAUAGUAAGAAAUGCAGUGCGGAUUUCCAAAUCCCCCAUGAUAGUUUCAUGCUUCAGUAUGAAUGACGAAAUCAAAAAAUGAAAUUUCCUCCCCAAUAAGUUAUUUUUGUCAGAUAUAAUUCCACAUCAUUGUUAAAAAAUCAAAUGUCUGUUUGACUUAUAAAAGAUUGCUAAAAAUACAGCAAAAUUUAGCAGCUACGAAACUGUCCGGUUUGGUGGUCGUCCGGAUUUGGUGGUCCUCAACCAGUAUAUGUUGAUUUUACAAAUACUGUAAAAUCACUUCUAUACAUGGGGGACUAUUUUUUGUGGAAUUUGCAGCUGCAGCAGUACAAAAUCCCAACAAUGAAGAAAUGUACAUUUCUUUUAUCUUGACAAGUAGGAAUAUACAAAUUCAUAUUCCAACAAAAUAGAUGUUUUGGGCAAAUUCAUGAAAUUUUGUACUCAUGAAAUUGAAUGAUUUCACAGUGUUCUGAAGUGUAUGUAAUGAUAUUAAUUUUAAUAAUAUUUUAAGUUUUAUUGUGUGAAUUAGUCUGCAGGUACCAGCAGGUAUUUUCAGACAUAUGUCCUAAGGACAAUGUUCGCUUAAACAUUAAAUUAUGGCCUACACAAUUUGAAAAAACUUUUGUGUUGAAAUACACAAAUUCGUAUCACCAUGAAAAGCAGUUUUGCCCUAAAUCAUGAAACGUCUUGUCCACGUAAAUGAUUUGACAGUAGUUGAAAACAUUGGUAAAGAUAUUUCCUAAAAGCUGAUUAUUCCUGCUGAACAAUUGUACCAUUGAUUGUUACAUGUAUACUUGAGGACAAAAAUUGCCUGAUGCAUAUGUAGGGUAUAUUUCUUUCCUUCAUAUUGUACUGUAAUAUCUUAAUUAAUGUAUUUUCAAGAACGUUUACAUAUUGUACUUAAUUUUAUGCUAAAUGACGAGUGGUACGUUUGUCCAUGUAUGAGCAAGUGAUCCAGAUUUAGAAGCAAUUGACAAAAGAUUUUUAUGAAAUUUUUAAGUUGCUACAGUCAGUCAUAUCAUAAAUAGAGAUUUUUAGAGGCUGUAGUGCUACUUACCGGUAGUAACAUUUGCAUUAAAUCAGCAUUAUUUUAUUGCUAACAUUGUGUCAUUAAUCAUUACUUAGCGUAACUUGAGAAAAAAGUAAAUUAAAUAUGCAUUAUUAGCAUUAGUAUUACCCUAACCAUCAACAGGCAUAUUAUGAACUAUAAGGAUCUUAUGACUGACUGUGUAAGACAGGGUUUUCCCAAACCCGAGGGGGCAGCAGGGAUUGGAAAACUCAGUGCUAGCAAGGCUUUUUUUAUUCCAGGUUGUCCCAAGUGUUGGGAAAACACCUGCCUUACACAAGCAGUCAUGUUAGAUCAUUUUUCUUGCCAACCAGUGAUGUUACAGUAGUAUUUUCAAAGAUAUUUAAAACUAAAAAUCACUCAUACUUGUAACAUCAUACAGUGACAUCUAUGCGCACAUGAAGCUUGUGUUUUCUGUAGGGAAAAGACAAGGUGAUCUGAUCUCCUACCUGAAUACCUGUCUUUCACGCUAGUAGGCAAGAAAUACGUGGAUACUUAAAUGUUGAGGUCUGGGUUAAUGUUAAUAGAUCUAUUUGCUAAAGUUUGUGAGAAAGAAAUAUAUUCAUUAUAAACAUGAGGCAUUUUUCAAAUCCUGUAUUUAUCCUUAGUAAAUCCUAUUUAAGAAAUAAUGUAUAGAAAACCGUGUUUUAAUGUUAUUAAUACACGGAAAGAGGUUAUAUGUCUGUGGAAUAAUUUCACGAGGGCAUAUACUAAAGUGUAUUAAUUUAGGUAAAACACGUUUUUGCUAUUCAUUAUUUCGGUUCUAAUAUGACUAUAAUCUAAAACUGUGUUACAGUAGAUAAAAUAUAGUAGCGCUCUUUCUUGGUCGCAACAAAAACAUUGACAUCAUUGCACGUUAACGUGACAUCAUUUUAGCGUAAGCGUGUUCAAACAGAAACAAACAUAUUAGAAAUAGAUAUAUAACACAGGUAUAUAGGGGAAUUCUCGUACAGCAUUGUAAUAUAGCUUUAAAUUGUAUCCACUACAUAGCUGCAUACUUAAUUUUCUGCAGGUUGUUUGUUUUCUUUCUGUUUUUUUUUCUGUUAUUUGAUUACAGUGACAGUGGUAUUCCAAGGUCUUAUAAGAUACAGAAAUAAUGAAUUAUAAUUAUCUAUCACAUCAUUCAGCGUUAUAUAAUGCAAUGUAGAAACUAUUUACUGAACACUGAAAGAAGAAUAAAAGUACUCAAGACACACUGUGCCAAAACUGAACAAUUACAAUAGUUUUAUACAAGUAUCAAUAAAUGUUAAAUAGCUGCUGAAAUAUUGUUACAAUCCUGAUAAUAAAUACAUGAAUGAUAAGUAGUUAUUUGACUUUUUCAUUUUCAUGUAACUUGUAGCCGGACUUCUAGCCAUGUAAAAUAGUUGCAGACAUAUCUUUGAUCCUGUGUAUUUGUAUCCAAGUUUCUUUAUAAUCUUUAUAAUCUGCAUUGACCACUGAAAAAGAAUAUCACUGAGUUUAGUUUCUGAAUGGGUGCAAAAUAAAGAACAUUCCAGAAGAUUC